AGGGGUUGCGGGAAGUCUAGUAGCUGGGGGAAAAGCGCCUGAGACCUGUGUAUCUAAUUGCUUAUUGGACACCUCCACCUGGAUAAACCUAAACAUCUAAGACCUCCCCUCAAGACUUAACUCCCUCAAUCCAGGUUGGGCAGACCUCACAAAUGUCACUUCCUUAGUCACCCAUUCUGGGGUUGCCCAAGCCUGUCUCCGAGUGGGGCCGGCCGGAAGGACGACGCUUCCCAGAAUUCCCUACGAUCUGGUGCGACCAGCACGCAGGAACUACAACUCCCAGGAUUCGCGACCGCCGCGAAAAGGAGAUGGCAGAGGGAUCAGGGUCUCGGCGUCGCUCGCUGUAUAAACUGGUGGGCUCGCCGCCUUGGAAAGAGGCUUUCAGGCAGGGAUGCCUGGAGAGAAUGAGAAAGAGCCGGGACAGGCUCCUGAACAAGUAUCGGCAGGCUGGAGGCAAUAUGUCAGGAGGACCUCAGAACACCUUUCUAGUGCAGGAGGUGAUGGAAGAAGAGUGGAAUGCUUUGCAGUCGGUGGAGAGCUGGCCAGAGGCCUUGGCUCAGUUGGAGGAGCCGCUGGACCUGGCCGUGCUGGAGGAAAUCCAACAGGAGCUGAUUGAUCAAGAACAGUCCAUCAUCAGUGAGUACGAGAAGAGCUUGCAGUUUGAUGAAGAGUGUCUCAGCGUCAUGCUGGCUGAGUGGGAAGCAAACUCCCUCAUCUGUCCUGUGUGUACAAAGUACAAUCUGAGAAUAGCAAGCGGUGUGGUCAUGUGUCAGUGUGGCCUGUACAUCCCAUCUCAUUCUCCAGAGGUGACAGAGCAGAAGUUUCGCGCCUGUUUAGAAGACAGCAUGAACGAGCACGGCGCACAUUGUCCCCACACGCCAGCAUUUUCGGUCACUGAAGGAACAGAGGAAAAGUCCAGUCUUCUCAUGAGCUGUCUGGUAAGCCUCCCACAGGACCCAGUGGUAAAAGCGGGUCAGUGGUUGGUUUUAUUCCCACCCUGGUAGAAAUAGCUGACAAAGAGGUACAUGUUUAAAAGUGCAGUUUAUUCUCUGAGGAACUUAACUUGCAUAGAAAAGUGAAGUCACUUCAGUGAAAAAGGCCAAUCAUUCCCUGAAAGGGGAAGGGACAGAGGCAGCCCAGGUCGUGGAAGGAGCAGCAUACAUGUCAUUACUGGUUACAACUUUUAACCAUAUACUGAGAUUACUUUUGUGACUGGAAUAGAAUUUAAGCUAACUUUUUUCUAUUUAAAUUCAGGCUUGUGAUACUUGGGCUGUGAUCCUCUAGAGCCAACCCUGAUGCACACGAUCUACUGGGUUGGAAACAAGUUCUGUCUUGAGAAGGGGCCUUGUAAAUACAAAUCUUUCAUUUAUAACUUAUUUUGUAUUAAAACGUUUCAAAGUUU